AGGGAUAUUAAUGGCGUCGCUAACAGCGUGACACCUCCACCAUAAGUUUGACAAUUUCUUUUUAACCUUUAAAGAAAGAUUUUUCUUCUCCUCGGAUUCCCUGAGUCCGUCGGCACAUUACUCAACUCAACAUAGGCAUAAACACUGCAAUUGCAUUUCCUCUCGCUGUGGAUUACACUUCUGCAAAUCAAAUUUCAUAUUGGUUGCAGAGAGGACACAACUCACAUGGAAUUCAACAACGCAGAGCGAGCAAAUGGAGAGGAAACAAAUCAGAUUGAGCAAAACAAAGUUCGUAUUAUGAGAGCCCAUGUGGAAAGAGAAGAUCCCUCCGUCAAGGACGUGGAUGAUUUGAUGAUCCGGAGAUUUUUGCGUGCUCGUGAACUAGAUAUUGAGAAGGCUUCUGCCUUGCUCCUUAAGUACCUAAGCUGGAGGCGAUCAUCUCUCCCUAAUGGCUUUAUAUCUCCAUCAGAGAUUCCAAAUGAACUUGCCCAAAACAAGUUGUUCAUGCAAGGUGUUGACAAGAAGAAUCACCCUAUAGUAGUUGUUUUUGGUGCCAAACAUAAGCCCUACAAAGGACAUAUGGAGGAGUUCAAGCGUUUUGUGGCCUUUACUCUUGAGAGAAUAUGUGAAAGAAUGCCACCUGGACAAGAAAAGUUUGUGGCCAUUGCAGAUAUUGAAGGAUGGGGAUACACUAAUAGCGAUAUUCGUGGAUAUCUAGCAGCUUUAUCAAUACUUCAGGACUGUUACCCAGAGAGAUUAGCCAAAUUGUUCAUAGUCCACGUGCCUUACAUUUUCAUGACUGCAUGGAAGGUUGUUUACCCAUUCAUUGACAGCAAAACCAGAAAGAAGAUAAAUUUUGUUGAGAGCAAAAAAUUGAAGUCCACUCUGCUGGAGGACAUUGAUGAGAGCCAACUACCUGAUAUAUAUGGAGGCAGACUACCAUUAGUUCCUAUCCAAGACUGCUAACUUGAUUAUUUCCUCUAGAAUUGGAAGGCCUCAGGAGCCAAACAUAAUAAAAAUGACAGUUCAUUCCUGUAUAUUUUGGUCUCCCCUUAGUUUAUAAUCCUUCAGUCUGAGCCACAUUAAUUGAGAUCCUA